CUUCCGGCGAGAGGCGGUAUAAUGCGGAAGUGAUGGGUCAGUCAGAGAGGAAGUGAGGCAGGUGCCUCAGAAAGCGGCACCGAGGAGCUCCUUCGGAAGGCGAUCAUCAGUUUCUGAAUUCAAUCUUGUGAUGUGAUAACUUGCGUUAAUCAGUUCUGCCUUUCAUAAAGGAAAAAUGGCAUUCAGUAAAGGCUAUCGUAUCUAUCAUAAACUGGACCCACCACCGUUCAGUGUAAUUGUGGAAGCCAGAAACAAGGAAGAAUGCCUCAUGUUUGAAUCUGGAGCUGUGGCUGUUCUCUCAUGUGCCGAGAAAGAGGCAAUCAAGAAUAUGUACUCCAAAGUAAUGGACGCAUAUGGACUCCUAGGUGUAUUAAGAUUAAACCUUGGAGAUACAUUACUGCAUUAUUUAGUACUUGUCACAGGAUGCAUGUCUGUUGGAAAAAUUCAAGAUUCUGAAGUUUUUCGUGUUACUUCUACUGAUUUGAUAUCACUAAGAACCGAUCCUUCAGAUGAGGAACGUGUCUCUGAAGUGCGCAAAGUCUUGAAUUCAGGAAAUUUUUAUUUUGCUUGGUCUUCUACUGGAGUCAGUUUAGAUCUUAGUCUAAAUGCUCAUCGUAACAUGCAGGAAGAAAGCACUGAUAAUAGGUUUUUCUGGAAUCAGUCAUUGCAUUUGCAUCUGAAACAUUAUGGAGUAAAGUGUGAUGACUGGUUAUUACGACUCAUGUGUGGAGGAGUGGAGAUUAGAACUAUUUAUGCAGCUCACAAACAAGCAAAGGCUUGCAUUAUUUCUCGACUAAGCUGUGAGCGAGCUGGGACCAGAUUUAACGUUCGAGGAACAAAUGAUGAUGGCCAUGUAGCCAAUUUUGUUGAAACAGAGCAGGUGAUAUUUCUAGAUGAAUGUGUGUCUUCUUUUAUACAAAUCCGUGGAUCUGUUCCAUUAUUUUGGGAGCAACCUGGCUUACAGGUUGGGUCUCAUCGUGUCAGAAUGUCAAGAGGAUUUGAAGCGAAUGCACCAGCCUUUGACAGGCAUUUUCAUACUCUUAAAAAUCUAUAUGGUAAGCAGAUAAUUGUGAAUCUUCUUGGUUCAAAAGAAGGGGAACAUAUGCUUAGCAAAGCUUUUCAGAGCCACCUGAAGGCAUCUGAACAUGCUAAUGACAUCAAAAUGGUAAAUUUUGACUAUCAUCAAAUGGUGAAAGGUGGAAAAGCAGAAAAGCUGCAUGGUGUUCUUAAGCCACAGAUCCAGAAAUUCUUUGAAUGUGGAUUUUUUUAUUUUGAUGGCAAAGAAGUUAAAAGAUCACAGAGUGGUACUAUAAGAACAAACUGCUUGGAUUGUCUAGAUAGAACAAAUAGUGUGCAGGCAUUUAUUGGCUUAGAGAUGCUAACAAAACAAUUAGAAGUUUUAGGCUUAGCUGAAAAACCUCAGCUGGUUACUCGAUUCCAGGAAGUUUUUCGGUCAAUGUGGUCUGUUAAUGGUGACUCGGUCAGUAAAAUAUAUGCUGGAACUGGAGCUCUUGAAGGAAAAGCUAAGGCUGGAAAGCUGAAGGAUGGUGCACGUUCCGUGACUAGAACAAUUCAAAAUAAUUUUUUUGAUAGCUCAAAGCAGGAAGCUAUUGAUGUUUUGUUGUUGGGCAAUACCCUAAAUAGUGAUUUAGCAGACAAAGCACGGGCUCUCUUGACCACCGGCAGUUUACGUGUUUCAGAGCAAACUUUGCAAUCAGCAUCAGCAAAAAUACUGAAGAGCAUGUGUGAGAACUUUUAUAAAUAUUCAAAGCCCAAAAAAAUUCGAAUUUGUGUUGGAACAUGGAAUGUCAAUGGUGGAAAGCAAUUUCGAAGCAUUGCCUUUAGAAACCAGACUCUGACUGACUGGCUUUUGGAUGCACCAAAGAUAGCUUGCAUCAGUGAAUUCCAAGAUCGAAAGAGCAAGCCUAUUGAUAUCUUCGCUAUAGGGUUUGAAGAAAUGGUAGAGCUAAAUGCAGGAAACAUUGUGAGUGCAAGGGACGUCGCAGUAGACACUGUAAAGACUGGUAUGGGAGGAGCUACUGGUAAUAAGGGUGCAGUAGCUAUUCGAAUGUUGUUUCAUACGUCCAGUCUUUGCUUUGUAUGCAGUCACUUUGCUGCAGGGCAGUCACAAGUCAAAGAGAGAAAUGAAGAUUUUGUGGAAAUAUGUCGCAAACUCAGCUUCCCAAUGGGCAGAAUGCUGUUUUCACAUGACUAUGUAUUUUGGUGUGGUGAUUUUAAUUAUCGUAUAGAUCUUCCUAAUGAGGAAGUAAAAGAACUAAUUCGGCAGCAAAAUUGGGAUGCUCUUACUGCAGGAGAUCAACUUGUUAAUCAGAAAAAUGCAGGGCAGAUAUUUAGAGGCUUCGUUGAGGGAAAAAUAGCUUUUGCUCCUACGUACAAAUAUGAUUUAUUUUCGGAUGACUAUGAUACCAGUGAAAAAUGCCGUACACCAGCUUGGACAGAUCGGAUACUGUGGAGAAGACGAAAAUGGCCUUUUGACCGAUCAGCGGAAGACAUGGAUCUUUUGAACUCCAAUUUUGACGAUGAAAAUAAACUUCUUUACACAUGGAAUCCAGGCGGUCUUCUAUAUUAUGGACGGGCAGAAUUAAAAACAUCUGACCAUAGGCCUGUUGUUGCACUUAUUGAUAUAGAUAUUUUUGAAGUUGAUGCAGAAGAGCGACACAAAGUUUACAAGGAAGUAAUUGCAGUUCAGGGACCUCCUGAUGGCACUAUAAUGAUUUCCAUUAAAGGAUCGUCAUUAGAAGAUAACUAUUUUGAUGAUAAUUUGAUUGAUGAACUUCUUCAAAAAUUUGCAACUUAUGGUGAAGUUAUACUUAUAAGAUUUGUAGAAGAUAAAAUGUGGGUGACAUUUUUGGAAGGCAGUUCUGCUUUAAAUGUUCUGGAUCUGGAUGGUAUUGAGGUUCUUGGGAAAACGGCUAACAUUUCUUUGAAAAACCCUGAUUGGAUUAAGAGUUUAGAAGAUGAAAUUAGUUUGGAGAGAGUUAAUAUUGGGCUGCCCUCAUCAACAAGUUCUACUUUGCUUUGUGAAGAUGCAGAAGUUACAGCAGACUAUGAUAUGGAAGGUGAUGUUGAUGAUUAUAGUACUGAAGUAGAAGAAAUUCUCCCACAACACCUACAGCUAGCUUCAGGCUCUAGUCUUGGAGCCUCACCUGCCUCUUCCCCUCAUUCAAGCCCCUGCCAGUCCCCUACUCCAUCAGAGGGUUUGCCUCCAACUCUUCCAUCAAGGCCAAGCAGGACACCCAAUAAGACUCCUGGACCUCCAGUGUCUUCUCAAGCAGAUUUUCAACCGAUAGCUCAACUAAAAGAGUCUACUCAAGGCUUGGAACCAAAACGCCCACCUCCACCUCGACCGGGAGUGCCUCCUGCUCGCCCUGCUCCACCACAAAGGCCCCCUCCUCCAUCAGGGAGUAAGAGUCCUGCACUUACUAGAAAAGAACUUGGAGGUUUUGGUGCUCCUCCCAGCCCUGUUGUAGCUAGGAGAGAAGAAGCUUAUAAUCAGACUCAGCCUCCCACUGGACAAAUAAACACAGGAACAUCUGGAUCCAGUACAUGUAGACCGAUUGUUCCUCCCCGAGCUGGAGUUAUUAGUGUACCACAAAGUCAUGUGCGUCCUUCUAUAGGAAAGCAUAUGUCUGAACUCCAUCCUAAGCCACCAGAAUUAACAACAGGUAAAAUUGGGUCACCUAUACUUCCUGAACCACUUAAACCACAAGGAGCAGUUCCUGUUCAACCCUCUGUUGUAAAGAUGCAGGAGCCACUUAUACCUAUGACAGCAACGUCUCAAACAGCUUCUCCAUCAAACCUGGAGGCACCACCACAGCCUCCCCCCCGCAGCAAAUCAUCCCAAAGUUUGCCUUCUGACAACAUUCCAUCACAGAAGCAGAUUAGAACAAAUGGAGUUCACGCUGUUCAGCUUGAAACACAACUAAACAAUGAUCCUUUUGAAGAUCUGUCCUUUCAGCUGUUUUCUGAAUCUAAAAUUCAGACAGUUCAGAUGUCACCAAUUGUAUCGUUAAGUCAAAAGAAGCUGAAAAACCUGCCUUCUGCAAUAGACAAUUUUAAUUUCAGUAACACAAGUACACCACAUACACUAGCACACAGUAAAUCUGAGGUAUACACGUCCAAUUCUCUGAAUCCAUUUGCUACCAGAUUAAACAGCACAAACCCUUUUACUGACAAAAAUAUUAAGACUGGAAAUCCGUUUAGAACCAAAUCUCAAGAAUUUGGAGCAACUUCACAUUGUUCAGCAGAAGGACCCACUUUUAAUCCUUUUCCAUCUCUAAAGCCUCCUAUUCAUCAGAAAGGGAAAGCUACAUUUUAUGUUGAUACAUUUGAAGAUGAUUUUAGUUUGCAGAGUACAUCUUCUAUAUCUAACAAUGGAAAACAAAAAGGUUGGGUAACAUUUGAAGAGGACGAUUUAGUAUUAACUCUGAAACCAUUGGCCAAUCCCACUGAUUUAAAAAGAGCUUCUUCCCUGCAAGCAACUUAUUUUUCACUGGGCACUGAACAAAAUAUCACUGACUCAAACUUUAAUGUUUACAGUGGUCAUAACAAAAGUUCUGGAUCUUUUCAUCUAUUGCCAGCAAGACCCCCUCCUGCACCUCCUAUACCAUCCAGAUCUACCAACAGCAAUUCGACCACAGAUCCUUUAAUUUGUUUAGCACCUAAAACAUUACCGACACAUGAUUUUAUGGAAAGAUAAAUUAUUUAAAAUAUAAUUAUUUAAACUUGGUAGAAAUUAUUAGUUAAAAUUAACUAAUGGAACUGGGCAUUGAUUUAAUUCUGUAUGUGCAAUAUUUUAAUCAGAUGCACUGAACAUUAAUUCUUAAGUUAUUACACAAAGGUGGCAGGGUGGGGAAUCAUGCACAGAAUUAAACUAAAUAGUGAUCUCAUUCUGUUCCUUUAAUGGACACAAUGCAAGGAAAAGUUAUGCUUGUUUCAAUUUCACUUUAGUUCAUAGGAAAGUAUAACAUUAAGUUUGUCUUUCAAGACCAACAAGCAUGUAUUGGUUUCUCUGAAUAAGGCACAUAAGAGUUUUAAACAAUUGUUUCUUGAACAUUCUUAUAUAAAAAUUUAAAUACCAUUUUAAAUGCCCUUCUGUUAGAAUGUAGAACCACUUCCAGUAUCUGAUAACUGGUAUAUUUAUACGUAAGUAUUCACCAAAGAACUGUCAAAGUUUAAUUAAGAUGCCAAUUGUUUAAUAUUAAUGUUGGGAAAUAAAUUAUAAUAGAGCUUUAUGAAGAUUUGUAGAAGUGAAUUCCCCCAACAAUUGAAAUAAUUUUAAACAAUAUAUAGUAAUAUAUUUUUCCUAUCAUUGCACAUGCUUUAUUUUGCAGACAUGAAAAAAUUUGUUGCAGCUUUAUCGUUAUUCUCUUCCUGAUCUUAUUCUCAUUAUAUAGCUUCCUAUUCUAAUACGAAUGUUGCUUUCUAAGUUGAAGGAAAUUUUAUAUUAAUUUUGAUAGGAAGAUCUGUGUAAAGAAGUAAUUGGAUAGAUGGUCCAUAUAUUUCAACUCUCCCAGCUUUUUCCUUUACAAUGUAUAGAAGUAAUGUGUCUCAAAUAUGGUAUCAACGAACAAAACAAUGGUUUAUGUACUAUUCUGAUAAGUUAAAUGUCUCUUUCCACAGACAAACAUCAGUGUUAUAGGUGAUGCUUCUUGAGGCAGAUUCUAUAAUCCCCUACAUAAUGCUUUGUAAACUUGCAAUAGUCUGCUUCCAAAAUUUUUGCAACAGAUGGCACUUAAAUGUAGUAUUUUCAUGUCAUGAAGGAAAUAUAUGUCUGUUCCAUACUACUGUUAAGCAAGAUAGUCUUUUCUUAGUCAUAUUGUCACACCUAUUUAUAUUGCUUGCUUUUUUAAAUUUAUGAAAAUCUUUUUUGAGAAGGGCCAUGCUAAAUACGUCUGUUCCUUUUGCUGUAUUUGCAGACUGGUAUAGUAUGCUCUGUUUACAAAAUAUUUUUCUUUUGUGGUAUCUGAGUGAAGCACCUCAUUCCAUGGAGCAGUAAAAAUAAACCAUCAUUUCAAUUUCUAUAAUACUGUUCCAAUGUAUUUAUAUAAAUCAUCUCAUAUAACACUUCUACUUAUUACAGUCAUUAAAUACAAUGACUUCUAUAUUGUGCUUUUAAAAUUGUACAUUUUGAAACAGCAGUAGAACUAUAAAUUUUCUGGUUCCAUAAUGUAUUAACAUCUGUGUUAUGCAUUGGUAUUAUAAUGUUAGCAACACAACUGUAUUCUCGGUAGUGCAAUUAGAGUUCUUUUAUAUGUGGUCCUUGUUUGAAUAAUUUCAGUUAUUAUAGUUCUCCUAUUAAAUUUCAAAUACAGGCCUCAGCAUCUUCAAUAGAUUAUAAAAUCUGGCAGCAAAGUACCACAAAAAUUGCAACAAAGCAUGUAUGAGCAUAGGAUGAGUAGUUUAUUAUAAUAUGUACUGCUAAAGGAAAUCAAUAUUAGAAAGUCAAAGUUACAACAGUCUAAAAUCCUAUCUAUUUUCUUUUAAGUGUUUUCCUGUGCAAAUUGAUUUGUUAAUGUAUUACAAGUUAUUGCCUGUGGUACACAAUAAUUGACUAUCUCCAUUACAAUAUUAGCAUUGAUGGUUUACAAUACUGCAUAUACAUAUACUGUGAAACAUGUUACUUUAUGAAAUAAAUUUUCCCAUUGUUAGGAAUAUAUCUCCAUUA